AUGACCACUUACACCAGGGCGCGCCCCACGAUGAUGCGGGUCUUCCUCGUUCAAACCGCGCAGGGUCUGACUCCCUCGUCGGGUGGUUACAAGGCAAACGUCAGCCUUCUCCGCAGCCUGAGCAUGCAGGGCCACGCGACUGCCCAGAUCUGCUAUGCUGUUGAGGACGAAAUUGACCAGUACGCUAGACGUGCCGAGCUCAAAGGGAUUAGCCCCAACAUUACCCACAAGCCGCUGCCCGUCGUCGACCCGGCCGGCAAGGUCCAUGAGCUGUAUGUCAAGACGUUCACCGAUGAGUACAAGCGUGACGAGCUCACAAGCCGCAUGGCCACCCUUAUCAACCUUUUUUCGGAGCACAUCGCCAGUUUCCAGCCGACCCAUGUCAUCUUCAACGACCCGAUUACCAUGAAGAUUACCGAGUCGCAUGAGAUUCGCGACACGUUCAAGCGCAUCAACAUCAUCCACACGGCAGAGCAGCUGCCCUUUGGUCCGUUUGUCGCCGGUGUCGACGGCCAUUGCUUGUCGCCGGUGGUCGAGAACAAGAUGUUGCGAGAGCUGGAUGGGAUCUGGUCCGUUUCUAAGGCGGUCCAAGAUUACGCCUGGAAGUACGGCCGCCUGAAGACCACAUUCCUCGUUCAUCCCUGCAUGACCUACUUGGAUCAGACGUCUGGGGGCAUGCCUCGCAUUCGCAACAACAUCGACAAAGAAGAAAUUGGCAUGGUCAAUCCCUGCCCGCACAAAGGCCUGUCGAUUCUGAUCGCGCUCGCUCAGAAGUUUCCCCACAUGAAGUUUGUCACCUGGAAGAGCUGGGGCUCCAGAACCGCUCAUGUCCAGCAGCUGCAGGCUCUUCCCAAUGUGAAAAUCGAGCCGACUACCCGGAACACCGACGAGAUCUGGGACCGUGUCAAGGUUCUCCUUGCCCCAUCCCUGUGGUACGAGGCCUGGGGAAUUGUUGUCACUGAGGCUCAGUUGCGGGGCAUCCCCGUCAUUGCGUCCAACGCUGGUGGCCUUCCCGAAGCGAAGAUCGGCCUUCCCUACUGCAUCCCUGUCAAGGAAGUCACUGGUGAGCGCCAUGCCAACGGCGACUACGUGGUGCCUGAUCAGGACAUUGGCCCGUGGGAAGAUGCUCUUCAAAAGGUCAUGACCGAUAGGGAGGAGUACCAGGCCCUGCAGAUACUCACUGCCACCAAGGCCGGCGAGUGGCUCCGCAGUCUGGACCCUCGUGCUCACGAGAAGUGGCUCCUCUCUAUGAUGGAACAGGCGUAA